AUGAGCGAUGUUAUAAUAACACCUAAUAGUCCAAUUUCCCCGGUAAUCCAUCAAACUAUAAGUUUACAAUGUACAGCCAGGCUAAUUGACAAUCAAGGAAGACCUUUAGAUUUAUUAUCCUUUGGUAAAGUAGAAAAGACGUGGCCACCAUACUUAUUGGUUAUGAAUUCUAAUAAAGAUUAUUUAAUUGACGAAGGAGAUCAAUCAACCGUUAAAAGCUUUUAUAACAAAUCAAUGACAAAUGUUACAAUAGGGAUCACUAUCCUCAAUAUCACAACAAGCCAUGAUGGUAUUUAUAAAUGUGCUGCUUCGUAUUUUUCCGCUAUGCAAGAUGAUAAAAAAACUAUUAAACUCAAUGUCUUAGUACCACCUAAGGAGCCGAAACAUUUUGAACUUGUUAAUCGCUCUAAUUCCUCUGCUCUAUUCACCUGGUCUCAUGCUGACGAUAAUCAUCACAAGCAUCACUAUGUCGUAGAGUGUGCAUCGACGAACCAUUUCUGUCAUUCUAUUCAAACCGAUACAAAUCAAACUUCCCUCAUUUUAAAGGGGUUAAAGCCGCAAAAUUGCUACACUUGCACUUUGCUUUCUAGAGAUUACAUUGGAGACAGCUUAAAAUUAAUGUUGCUCGUUGGAGCAGCUUCUCCAUUUAAAUGUUGCCGUUCAUCGUCCACUUCAUCAUCGCUUGACAUACUAUCUGCUACGAUAACUGAUGAAACUGGAACCUUACAAACUACGACUAACCCAACUACAACUACAGAAAUCGAGAUCUCAACAACGAUAAAGAAAGAAUCUAUGAUUACAGAUAAAUUAAUUCCAAGCGCAUCAACCGUAUGUUCUCCCGAUUUAAUGAUUACCGCAACACAAACUUCUAAGCCUGAUGUAGAAACUUCGACAAUCUUAAAUUCAAUUUCUCCAACACAUACUAAUAGUCUCUCCGAUAGCCACGGUAUUAAUGAUACUAGGGUCAAUACUACAGCAGUGGAUGCUAAUGAAACACGACAAUCCGUGACUCAAAUGCUAUCUAUUGGGAUUAGUGUUGGAUUUUGUCUGUUGGUGAUUAUCGGAGGCAUUUUAUAUCGAAUAUGGACGAAACGGUUAGAAAUGAACCCUUGA